ACGUGACGUCGCGCGGUUCGAGCGGCGCCACAGGACAACUUGGAGCUGCUCUAAUUUCAUUCGGCGAGCGGACUCCGACAGGGAGAGCCAGCGAUGGCUUCGCUUCUUGGGCCGGAACGACGUUACGGCCUGUCGUGCGGGAAAAACAACAGCAAACACGGACCCGCCAGGACGCUUUACCACGUCAAGCUCACUGACACCGCGCUUCGAGCUCUGGAGGCUUACCAGCACCUCAAGGCUAAUAUAUCAAGUGAGCCGUCUAUCUGUUUCGAGGGCAGUCAAGGGUACAUCAAGUUACCAGCUCCCACAGCAGAGUUGCCCAACGCACUUCGCGUCUUUUCCUUCUACUUAUCCACAGACUGCAAAGACCAGCCACAAGCGAGCUUUGACUGCAUCCAGCAAUAUGUUUCAAGUGACGGCCGUGAGCAGCUGGAAGCUCAAGGAGUCAUCCAGGACAAGAUCACUGUGUGCGCCACCGAGGAUUCCUACCAGAUGACGCGUGAGAGGAUGUCUCAGGUGGAGAAGGACUGCUGGAGCCGCUCCGCCAUUGAGAUAAAACCCGGAGCCACACAUCCCAGUAAAAGUGUCAAGAGCCAUAAGAGGCCGCCCAUCGUGUCUACAUCAGACAGCGGCUUCUGCAAACCGCCCUUUCUCAGCCGGUGGAGCAGCAGUAUGGCCUCGGCCCACCAAAAGCCCCUCUGGGAGCGCAUCAUUCACCUGCUGGCUCUCAAGUCCUACAGGAAGCCGGAGCUUCUGCUGUGGGUGGAGAGAGAGCGGGUCUGUGCCAAGGACAAGGCAGAGCUUGGUGCCAUAUUGGAAGAGGUGGCAAAAGUAAACCCGAAAGACAGCAGCUAUCUCCUGAAAGACGACCUCUACAAGUAUGUGCGGCGGGACUGGCCCGGCUACAGUGAGGAAGAGCGAAAGCUCGUUAGCAGGUUAUUGUCAAGGAAGUUGCAGCCUUCUGUGUUUGGCCAUUUGAGAAAUACACAAGCCAAUGGAUCAACCGUAAAGCAGUCCGAGGAUCGAGCACUACAUCACAGCUUGGCAAAGAACCCCGUGGUGAAACGCCCCAUGCCGACCGACUGUCUACAAGCGCUUGCGACAAAAAGACAAAGAGAGAAUGAUCACAGGACACAACAACAGCCAGAUAUAAACGGACUCUUAAACAAUAAAGGAGCAACUGUCAUUGCACCUCCUAGUUUCCACACCAAACCUGAUUUCCAAGGGACUAAUAACACUAUAGGAGGCCACCAACACAGCUCUCCUUCAUCACACAAAGUGUCGAGCAACUCUGUCAUCUCGGAGACCGAUUACCACGGAACCAAAGCAAUGAGCCACGAGCCACCCCUGGCCGAGUCGGAACGCGCUCAGCCGCAGAGGAAGAAGAAAUCCAAAAAGCGCAAAGACAAGGAGCGGGAAAGGUUAAGAGACCACCAGGACAAAAUGUGGUCAGAGAACAGUGAGGACCUCAAGCACAACAAGGACAAACUUGAGAAUUGCAACAUCACUAAUGGCAUGGGCUCGGUUGAGAAGCCGGAUUAUGUGUGCACGUACGUCAGGAUCACAAGUUUGGAGCAACGUCAGCAGUACCAGAAAGAUUUUAGUGCAGAGUACGAUGAGUACAAAGACCUCCACACCCGAAUCGCCACCAUCACUCACAUGUUUGUUCAGCUGGGAUCCAAACUCAAGAGCAUGUCGCCCGGAACAAAAGAACACAAGGUAAUGGAAGAUCAAAUUUUAGAAAAAUACAACAAAUAUCGAAAGAAGUUUCCAGGUUACCAGGAAGAAAAGAAGCGCUGUGAAUAUCUCCACCAGAAACUGGCCUUCAUCAAGCAGCUCAUCGUGGACUACGACGUGUCCCGGGUUUCCUCGUAGCGACGGCUCUCCCUCGGAUUCAGCACAGUGGGGAUUUCCGUGAACAGUAUCUGUCCAUGAGUUAUGGAAAAAUUUGUAAAAGAACCAAAAAAAAGAAAAAAGGAAAAAACACACUAUUCCAAGGGGAGAGACGUAACUCAUCCAAAUCAUCUGGGCGCAUCCACCAGGAUCAUUGGAAGCUGUUUUAAUGGAAACCAGAAGAGCUUGUUCCUACCUAUCAGUCCACAUGAGUUGCCUCCUUUGUAACGUUCCAAAAAGUGUUUGGUCCGCUUAUUAGCUAGUGCCUCUCUUCUCCUUCUGCCGUAGCGUUGACAUUUUACUAUUUUCCCUUAGGGUUGGCAAUAUACUCAAACUAAAUCUAUUUAUAUUUCCGCAUCCUUCCUUUGUAUGAACUCACAUGUUUGAAAGCAGCUCAUUUUCAUUAAGCUUCCCCCAUAAUGCACUUGUGUUUAAAUUAACGGUGGGGGAACCUUUUUCUCAUCAGUUUCUGUAAAGCCCUUAUUAGGCCUUAAAUAAUUAAAACAUGAUGCAAUGAUCAAACAAACGCUUAAUAUAUGUUAUGAGCAUCUUUGGGUUCAAUGUCUUUUUGUAAUGGUCCCUGAAGUUCCAUUUGUUUUUAAAAUUGCACGGUAAGAUGGAACAAAAUACCGUCACUUGCUCUGGCCCGCCUCUGAAUUAAAGUAUUUAUUGAGUGCAACCUUUCACUUCCUCGCGAAAUUGGCUACUGCCUCUGUACAAAGAUGUGGAAGAAAGUAUUUUUCUCUGAACUGCUGAUGUAUUUAUUUUAGGACAGCCUUCUGUUCUCUAUUGCGGUCCCGUGUAGAUUAAAGGUCACGUGACAUUUUUGACGCACUCCAAGGAUCUCAACAACCUUUUCGCCUUUAUAGCUCAGUGUGUCCGUAGUCCCUUUUACACUGCCUAUAGAAGCCACCAAUUUCCCCAUCUGAGAUAUUAGAACACUUGGUUCUCCCGCCCUGUUGUGGCGAAAGCAAUUGUCGCCACCCGACAGGCGGGAUUUUGCCGCAACGGUACACUUUCACACGGCAACACGGCCUCCAGCGUAGAUACUGGUAUUAGAUGACUUCAGCUCCAUUGUCUGGUUUGACAACAACUCUCAACACAAAACACAUAAAAAUAUCACCCCAACCUCGUCGUGUAACAGGAAGUGAACAUUGCAUGGCGGAUUUUCCUGGCAGUGUGAAAGGGAAUCGCCACGAGAGCUCACCUUAUAAGAGCCACCUCUGAGGUUAUUCUCUUGUUCAUGUUUCAAGAACAUUCCACAAUUCAACCAUUGUGACCUCUAGAAGACUGCAGAGGAUUAUGGUACUGUGCUAUAUACUAGUGAAUAAUGUCACCUAUUUACUCUCAAGUCCAAACAUUUGAUUCAUUUUUGUGCACAGGCAAUGAUUGAAUGGAUCAAACGGGGAGGGAAUAAUGAAGCCAUAUUGGUAAAUAAAAUAAAA